AAUAAAUACUAUUUGUUUCCCAAGCGCAAGUUAACAUUGGUGGCUUUUGUUGUGUCUUCUUCUUCUCUUUGUGAGUCUGUAGAGAAAGAUAGCCCUAGAGCGUAAAUCUGGUGAGACCAGACAUCUAAGAAGGUGAAGAACGGUAGAGGGUUUCAAUCGAUCAAAGUCGGAAAAUGGAUAGCACAGUCGAUGCCGCAGGUGAGCCGAUCCCAACUUCUGCGGUCCUGAUGUCUUCGGCGCGUCACAUAGCGAUCAGUUGCAAGAACGAGAACGCCGCAUUCAUCAAGUGCAAGAAAGCCGAUGCGAAUCCCGAAAAAUGUCUCGAUAAAGGCAAGCAAGUCACGCGAUGCGUCUUUGACUUGCUGAAGGAUCUACGUCAGAAAUGCACAAAGGAGAUGGACGCAUAUUCAGGUUGUAUGUAUUACCACACGAACGAGUUUGAUUUCUGUCGCAAAGAGCAGAAGGAAUUUGAGAAAGCAUGCCCUUUUCCAUGAGUAUUUUUCUUUCCCCCGCCCUUAAUAAUAAGCACAAGAUUGUUUGAUGCUCAGGAAUGCAAAUGUUUGUUUUAUCUUUUGUUUUACCCCCCCCCCCCCCCCCCCCCCCAUCCUUUUAUGGAAGAGAUCAUUUAUGAGCAAUGGCAUGGAAACAACCUUAUCUUCUCAUCAUUGACAUUAUUCACUAACAAGAGCUCAAAUAAGUAAGAACACUCUAUGAUUGAUUGAAUCACAGAAAUGAAACAUUCUGGGAGGUUGUUAGAUUUCUUGUUUCUGAAACUAUUUUGAAGAAAACAAUGUUUUUAGUA